AUGUAUAUCCUCCGCGGUAACGUGGUGAUUGUUCCAGCGAUGAUGUUCCUAUUUACGAUCGGUAGGGUCGACUCGCUCGACGCGUUCCGACAAAGAACUCUAAUCAGUGACAUACUCGAUUCGAAGACCGUCGAGAAAUUCGCCAUAAAGUUGCUCGAUAACGUUGAAAAAUCAAAAGUGAUACAGAUCAACGAUUUCGCGAGUAUAGAAACGAUCGGUAACUCGACCUACGAAUCCGCUUCGAUCGAAAGGAGGGAAGCAAGAUUUUUCGAAAAACUCAACGACGUUAUCCGCACCAAAUCUCUUAAUUUAAAUUUCGGAAUUUUCGAUCUCAAAUUGUUCAGGAAUAAAGACAGUGAAUUGAAUGUCGAUCUGAAACUGGAUCCGAGGAAAUCUAAAGAUAAAAAAGGAGGUGGUAUCCUGCUACCACUGCUCAUCGGACUCAAAGCGACAGCCUUCGUUGUCGGCACAGUCUCGAUAAUCGCUCUUCUGACAUUGAAGGCUUUCAUCGCGUCGAAGACGGCUAUUUUAAUAGCGACCGUGUUGGGCCUAAAAAAAUUAUUCGGAGGGCAUCACAAGACCACUUACGAAGCUGUCUACGACGGUUAUUCCUCCGGGGGACCGGACUACCACUACGCGAACGAGCAUCACUACGAGCCGGAAAUUUUCAAGGGUCACCCGGAAAUUCCGGAACAAAAGAUACUCGGAGUCUACGAUCUUCUCAAGGAUCAAUCGGAAUUGGUACAGGACAACAAGGAACCCCCGAAGUUUGAAUUCAACGCCCAGGAACUUCAGGGUGGUCCGGAAUUGAUGAAGAGUCCCGAUUACGGACCUCAACACUUCGGCGAAAGCAUGCAGCAGGAUUUCAAGAUCGAUAAUCACCAGAAAAGGAGAAGCUGGAUGAUGAUCAACAAUGGAAAACGAAAGCCAUUGAGUCUCGUUAUUGGCAGUCCACAUCACGAACCGCCUGUUCUCGCUUACAGAAAGGUAGUUACCGGAAGAAAUUCGUGAUCGUAUAACCACGAAUAUUAAAUUAAUUCACCAAAUAUUUAUAAAAAAAAACACACUCAAUAAAUAUUUAUUUCAUAAAACAAUACUCGUACAUCCAUAUUAUUUCGUUUAUCGCUUUGCGCGCAUAUGUAACGUGUCGAAUAGAAUAAAUUAUUAAUGAUAACAUGAUAUAAAUAAUAAUAAUAAUAACAAUAAUAAUAAUAACAGCGUGUAAGGCGUCGUCGUAUGAUUAUGGUCUGUUCGAUGGAGUUUCGGAAAAAAAUUCAUCAGUUUUCGUUAGUGUCGUUAAAGUCCGUAAAGUGCGUAUUUAUUCCACGUCGGAGUGUCGGAAUCGAGCCUUCCUAUGCAGGUUGCAAUCGUUGAACUCUCCACUUCGGCUUUCUUCGGUCGGCGUCGCCUAUGCAGGUUGCAAUCGUUGAACUCUCCACUUCGGCUUUCUUCGGUCGGCGUCGCGGUAUAUUCAAAAGUUCGCGUGAUUAUCACAGUGUCCACCAGAUGUCCUUCAUUACCAGAAGUUGGAUCAUCGGGGACGUCGCAAUCUGCUUUAUCAAUGUCAAAUGUGUCGUUGUCUGGACCGAAUUCGAAUUUAGUUAGAAAAAAAUAAAUAAAUAAAUAGAAAUAAAAUAAAAUAAAAUACGGAAUUCGUCUUUCUAACCGUAAGAAAUAUUUUUACGGAAAAUCGUCGUACGAUGAGUCGAUUUUUUUUUUUU